CUCAUUCUGCACAGAAGUUUUUGGAAGUCAGAGGAAGGAGGACAUUCAGAGUGAGGUGUUGUUCUCAACAAGGAUUUGGAGUUCCCUGGGCUCAACAAGGAGCAGGGAGACAUUCCCAGAAGCAUCAGCUUAUAGGCAUCUCCAAAACCCUGACUUGGACCCUGAUGGAAGAAUGCCCUCAGUUGCUAACUAGGCCAGGGGUCCCCUUUCUCUCCCUCCCUCUGGGGUGCCUCCCUCCCUCUGGGGUGCGCCCUGCCCCUCCCUGAAUCACCCCAGGGAGAGAGAGGGGAAAAAAGGGAAGAGAAGAGAGGCAUUGACUAUAGAGGAAGGAAAAGGAAGCACAGCAGAGGAGGGAGGAGAGAGGCCACACAGGAGUGGGUGACAGAGGAGACCGGAGAGGGCAGGUCUAGGGCAGAAGACUGAGAGAGGGCAGGCAUAGGGCAGGUCUAGGGCAGGAGAGGAUCGAGAGAGGGCAGCCCGAGCACCCCCAAGGGGUGCCCCAAGAACAGGCAGGGGCGGGGAGCCGAGGGGGCGGGCCGGCCAUGUCCCACGGGACCUACUACGAGUGUGAGCCCCGGGGUGGCCAGCAGCCACUUGAGUUCUCGGGGGGCCGAGCUGGGCCCGGGGAGCUGGGGGACAUGUGUGAGCAUGAGGCCUCCAUCGACCUCUCCGCCUACAUCGAGUCUGGGGAAGAGCAGCUCCUCUCGGACCUCUUCGCUGUGAAGCCGGCGCCUGAGGCCAGAGGCCUUAAGGGCCCCGGAACCCCUGCCUUCCCUCACUACCUGCCGCCUGACCCACGGCCCUUCGCCUACCCCCCACAUACCUUCGGCCCAGACAGGAAGGCGCUGGGGCCUGGCAUCUACAGCAGCCCAGGGAGCUACGACCCCAGGGCUGUGGCGGUGAAGGAGGAGCCCCGAGGGCCAGAGGGCGGCCGAGGUGCCAGCCGAAGUGGCUACAAUCCCCUGCAGUACCAAGUGGCACACUGUGGGCAGACAGCCAUGCACCUGGCCCCGACCCUGGCAGCACCCGGCCAGCCCCUGCGCGUUCUCAAGGCCCCUCUAGCCACUGCCGUGUCCCCCUGCAGCCCCCUUCUCAAGGCACCCUCUCCAGCUGGCCCCUUGCACAAGGGCAAGAAGGCAGUCAACAAAGACAGCCUGGAGUACCGGCUGAGGCGGGAGCGCAACAACAUUGCCGUUCGCAAGAGCCGGGACAAGGCCAAGAGGCGCAUUCUGGAGACACAGCAGAAGGUGCUGGAGUACAUGGCAGAGAACGAGCGCCUCCGCAGCCGCGUAGAGCAGCUCACCCAGGAGCUAGACACCCUCCGAAACCUCUUCCGCCAGAUCCCUGAGGCUGCCAAUCUCAUCAAGGGCGUGGGGGGUUGCAGCUGAGCCUGGCUGGUGGAUUGUGGGCCCCAGGCCCCCUGGCCCGGCGUGACCCUGGGGGCCACCACUUCCUUGGGACCUUGGAGCCCUUCAUAGGCUGAGCCUGAGACACAGACCAUGGACAAACGGCAGUGGGGUGGCAAGGGCGGGUAAGACUCAGCAUUCUGUGGCUGAAUAAAGUUGCACUGUGACUUGG